UUUUGGCUCCAUUCCAUAGCUAUCGCAUUCAGCCGCAUACUCGCAACAUGUUGAAGGCGGUGAUCUUGAUCGGUGGUCCCGAAAAGGGCACUCGAUUUCGGCCCCUUUCACUCGACAUACCGAAACCAUUGUUCCCGGUGGCGGGAAAACCCAUCAUCCAGCACCAUGUUGAAUCGUGCGUACGCAUCAAGGAGCUCAAAGAAAUCCUCAUCCUUGGCUUCUACCCGGCCAGCCAGAUGCAGCAGUUCGUGAGCAACAUGCAGACCUUAUACGACGUGAACAUUCGAUACUUGCAGGAAUUCACGGCUUUGGGUACGGCCGGCGGAAUGUAUCACUUUCGCGACCAGAUCCGCUCCGGCAACCCGACCGCCUUCUUCGUAUUGAAUGGGGACGUUUGUGCCGACUUUCCGCUGCAAGAGCUGUAUGAUUUCCAUCGCGGCAAGAACAAGGCACUCGUGUCGAUCAUGGGCACGGAGGCAACUCGCCAACAGGCGGUACAUUACGGUUGUCUGGUGCUGGGGAAGGACGAAGAGGUGACGCACUACGUGGAGAAGCCCCGGGGAUACCUUUCCACGUUGAUCAACUGCGGCGUGUAUGUGUGUUCGAUGGACAUCUUCUCCAAGAUGGGGGCAGUUUUUCAUUCGAAGCAGCAAGACUACAGCCUCCUGAAUAAUGGCAACGGUAAGGACCGCGGUCACAUCCAGUGGGAGCAGGAAAUCCUCACGCCUCUGGCCGGCACGGGCAAGCUCUUCGCACUGCCAGUGAACAACUGGUGGUCCCAGAUAAAAACCGCCGGAUCUGCCAUCUACGCCAACCGACACUAUUUGGCACUGUACAAAAAGGCCCAUCCGGACCGAUUAGCCAGUGCGACUUCGUCGGACAACGGCAACGCAAACGCCGUUUGCAACAUUAUCCCAGACGUGCACAUUCAUCCCACGGCAUCCGUACAUCCUACGGCUAUGCUCGGACCCAACGUAUCGAUUGGUUCGGGAGUUGAAAUUGGUCCAGGCGUUCGUGUCCGCGAGUCCAUCAUUCUUGAAAAUGCCGUCAUCAAAGACCAUUCCCUUAUUCUUCACAGCAUCGUUGGCCGUGGCUCACAGGUGGGCAUGUGGGCACGAGUUGAAGGUACCCCGAGUGAUCCCGAUCCGAAUAAGCCGUUCGCCAAAAUGGAAAAUCCACCCCUGUUCAAUACGGACGGGCGGCUGAACCCAUCGAUAACUAUACUAGGGUACGCGGUCAACGUACCGCCGGAGAUGAUCGUCCUGAACUCGAUCGUAUUGCCGCACAAAGAACUAAGUCGGAGUUUCAAAAACGAAAUCAUUCUAUAACUCGCAGCGUGUUACGAUACCGAUAGUUCGCAAGUGAUAGCCCGUCCGACAA